GUUAGCCUAUCAUCUUCUCUUUUCGUCGUUGCUGCUCGGCUUCGUUGCUUUGCAGGAGGUGUAUAGAGUGCACGCGUCGCUUCUUCGGCUCCUUCGUGCCUAUUCGACUUCGCUCCUUCUACGACUUUCUCCUUCCUGUCCGAUCGGAAGUUACGACAUUUUGAUCGGAAGCAAGAACAGGAGCUCGGUAGCUGUGAAGGUUAUUAAAUAUUUCGGGAUUGUUAUUUGCAGUGGUUUUAUCCUCAUUAUUCAGGCUUUUCUCAAUUUCUCACAAUGGCUGGGAGAACUCAGAUACCUACCAAGAGUUCUGCUCUCAUAGCUAUGAUUGCUGAUGAGGACACUGUGACUGGAUUUUUACUUGCUGGAGUUGGUAAUGUGGAUUUGCGAAGAAAGACGAACUACCUCAUUGUGGACUCCAAAACAACUGUAAAAGCAAUUGAAGAUGCAUUCAAAGAGUUCACCGCAAAGGAUGAUAUUGCAAUAGUUCUUAUUAGUCAAUAUGUUGCCAAUAUGAUUAGGUUUCUUGUGGAUAGCUACAACAAACCUGUUCCUGCAAUUCUAGAGAUUCCUUCAAAGGAUCAUCCUUAUGAUCCUGCACAUGAUUCUGUGCUCUCUAGGGUGAAGUACUUGUUCUCUGCUGAGUCUGUGGCUUCUGACAGGCGUUAAAACCAGAAGCUUUGUUGUUCUAGUCAAAACAUUUUCUACUUUUAUGGUUUCAGACUUUCAGUUAGACUUUAAAAAUAACCCAUAUAAAAACCUGUGGUGGAUGUGGAAAUAAAAUGUAAUAUACCCACCUUUAUAUAUAUGUUUGGCUUGUUUCAAUAA